AUGGCGACCAUCAAGCCCAUAGAGGGCCGCUCGAUACAUCAAAUCCAGUCCGGGCAGGUUAUCGUCGACCUUAACUCCGUCGUCAAAGAGCUUGUCGAAAACAGCUUAGAUGCCGGAGCCACCUCAAUAGGCAAGUCGCGGACAACACUGUCUGUGGAUGUCGACAAUGGCCACGGCAUUUCGCCGAAUGAUUACGAGACGAUCGCUUUGAAACAUUACACCUCGAAACUUUCCACCUACAAUGACCUUUCUUCUCUCCAAACCUUCGGCUUCCGCGGCGAAGCCCUGUCCUCGCUCUGCGCUCUCUCAAAUUUCCACAUACUUACUGCUCGCGCCAGCGAUGGUCCGAAAGGCACCCGGCUUGAUUUCGAGACCUCCGGCAAACUGAAAGGCACAUCGGUUGCGGCGAGCCAGAAGGGAACAACCGUGGCUGUGGAGAACCUAUUCUACAACCUGCCGGUCAGAAGAAGGGAACUCGAGAAAAAUCUCAAGCGGGAAUAUGGAAAAGUGCUCGGCCUUCUGCAUGCCUAUGCAUGCAUCAGCGUCGGUGUGAGGUUCGCUGUGAGCAAUCAGCCUACCAAAGGGAAGAAAAUGGUCGUCUUCUCCACCAAAGCAAAUCCCACUACGCGUGAGAAUAUUGCCAAUGUCUACGGCGCGAAAACAUUACUGGCUUUGAUUCCCCUAGACCUGAAACUGGAAAUGACACCAACUACUGUAGGGACACAAAGUGCGAAAAGCUGGAGUACCCAAGACGAUCUGCAAUCGAAAGAGGUCCGCAUCGAAGGUCACAUCUCCCGGCCCGUUGUUGGCGAAGUUUCCAAAGCCAUCAAUGAGGUUUAUAAGUCUUACAAUGUCACCCAAUCCCCUUUCAUCUUCGCAAACCUCGUCAUGGACACCAAUGCCUACGAUGUUAAUGUUUCGCCUGAUAAGCGAACUAUCCUGUUACACGACCAGAUGGCCCUGCUGGAAGCAUUGAAAGAAGCGCUGAUUGCCCUGUUCGAAGAGCAUGAUCAGAGCGUUCCUCAGGCACAGCUGGGCGUGAAGAAACUUGGCCAGUUCAAGCCCUUGAGUCUAUCCAGGCAACAAUCCACGGCUCGAGAGUCUGAAAAUAGAGAGGAUGCUCCUGAUCCUCGAAGUGAGGCUGAUGAUUCAAAUGCCGGUUCGAGCUCGCCACGCACGCACCAAAAUGACAGCGCUUCUGCCAGCUUGAUACAGCAGUUCGUUGGCAGAGACGCAACAAGCCGAAGCCAGCUUCCGCCUGUUGAUCAGACUCGGCGGAAAAGUGGGGAGACAUCCAAGGAUAAACAGGCGCUUGCCCAAUUUCUGGCGAAAGGCAACGAAGGACCUGAGCCCCAGCCUCAAGAGGACGCGGAUGACAUGCAACUCGACUCUUCACCUCCGAGAACGCCGGUUCUACCCCGAGCAGUACAGGAUUUCAAUGAUCGUAUCGCAAGCCAAGAAGCCAAAUCUCGCCACAAACAACUGCAGGAGCUAUCCCCUGAGCGUGUUAAUGACGAGGAACAAGAGCCGAGCAUUGCAGUCAUCAGGACUUCAUCUCAGAAGAGCAACCCAGGCCCAGUUCAGAACGCCUUUGAUCGGAUGCGCGACAAGACAACUACGAUGAAAAUCGGCACUCCUGAAGCAAAACGUCGAAGGAUCCAUACGCCGAAACAUGCUCCGGGGACGCAAGUCGACGAAGAAAACGACGAGAUAUCAGAUGACGCAUCGAAUGGCGAGGAGCAAGAAAAGCAAAAUGACAGUGAAAGCGAAGAAGCGCAGAACUCUUCCUCUCCGGAAGGGGCUCAAGAAAGUGAAAGCGACGCUGAGAUGGCAGAACCUGGAGACGAUGCUGAAGACGAGGAUGCCGAAGAAGCCGUUGGUGAUCAAGAUGAAGACGAGGAUGAGGAAUACUUGGACGAGGACGAAAAGAAGGCACGAGAGGACGCCCGCGUCGCUGAGAUCAUUGCGAAGGCUGAAGAGAACGCUGCGCGACCAACGCAGGACAACAUCAAACGAGCUAAUAAUAUCCUCAAAGGAAGCCUGAAGAAGACUUCGACACUGCAGCUGAUUCAACAUCUUGAGACGUCUGUCUCGCGCAUUGAGCAGACUCUAUCUCAUCUGACCGAACAGCUUGAAGCUUGUGCAAAAGUGGCCGACGGGGACGCAUCUGACUUCGGCCGCAUGCGCAUCAUUGGACAGUUCAAUCUCGGUUUCAUCCUUGCCCCGACCUCCGCGCCAGCGCCGUCCGCAAUUUCCAAUGCAGACGAGCUGUUCAUCAUCGAUCAGCACGCCUCAGACGAGAAAAUCAACUUCGAACGCUUGAGCAACACCACCAUCCUCGCACCCCAACGCCUCGUGCACCCACACCCACUCGACCUCACCGCCAUUGAGGAGGAAAUCAUCCUCUCACACCCCUCCGCCUUCGCCGCCAAUGGCUUCAUGCUCACCACCGACACCAGCGGCGACAGUCCCGUCGGCCGCCGCUGCCGCCUGCUCGGUCUGCCCGUCAGCAAGGAAACCACCUUCGCCGUGUCCGACCUUGAGGAGCUGAUCGCGCUACUGAACGAGUCGUCGCUGUCGCCAGAGAAGGAGAACAGCAUUCCUCGCCCGGGGAAGAUGGGGCGCGUGGUGGCGGAGAUGGGUGAAAUCGAUAAGCCGUGGAACUGUCCGCAUGGCAGGCCGACGAUGCGGCAUUUGGCGACUUUGGGGGAUUGGGAAGGGUGGACGGAGGGGGAUGGGGUUGUCGGGUUGGGAGAGGUGAAAAAGGAGAAGGGAACGGCGUGGGGUGCGUUCAUGAAGGGUGAGAGGAAGGGGGUAUAG